CUCAUCUACCGUAGCUUCAAUUGUCAUGCCCGAUCAAAUAUGCCACUACAUAGCCAACUCUGACAAUAUACUCUGUUUACGCAUUUUUCCAACUGUAUAAACUUGCACUCACUGAGAUCCGGUUCGAAUAUCACAUUUGGUAGACCUCGCUAAUCGCUAGCGUUGAUGGACUAGAUGGCCGCACCCCGCAAUCCAAUCUCUUCUUUCGAAAUCAAUACCUCCAACUCUAGAGAAAGAAGUGACUAGGAUGCAUCAGCGAUAUGCAUGUAAUAAGAGACGCAAGGGUCAUUGAAUCGCCUAUAACUCCGCUAUAUUACUCCGACAUUAUAAGCAGAUGACUAAGCAAGACCUUAGUCAGGAGUUUCCAGGAUCGUUGUGUUUCGUGAGCAUGUUCCUCCAGUCUGACUAGACGCGAUGAUCUUGCUUAGCGGAAUAUUGUAGUUUUCGAGCGCAGAGCUCUCUUAUAGAUGCUUGGCCCGAAGAAUGGUGCGGAAACAACAAGACAAUGAGACUGCUAACCGGCAGAACGCAUCUCAGAGCCAUCGCGAGGAGGAUGGAGUCACCGACGGGCGCGACGGUUCGCCAGAUGAGCCUCGUCCAAAGCGCCAGAAACGGGGAAAAUAUGCAUCGAAGGCCUGUGGACAGUGUCAGAGGAGAAAGAUCAGAUGUGACGGGUGCAUUCCAUGUCAGCCAUGUGUCCGCAAUGGCCGAGAUUGUCUCAUGCAGACCCUGGACAUGCGCCGACGAAGAACAACCGGGCUGACGGAGUCUGGAGUCACGGGCAGUGAGCUGAAUGAUUAUGAACAACUGACGGCGAGGGAUUUUUCUGGCCGACUGAAUCGAAUCGAGCAUCAAUUGAGCCUCGUACUGUCGUCAAUAUGUCGUGACAAAGAUAUCCCGGUUGACAAGGAAUCACGAGCAGAUGAGCCCACUAACCCACAGCAGCCUACAGUCCGACGGAACGAAGUUUCAGAUACGGCAUAUGGUCAUCCAGAACAUCCCAUGUCCUGUCGGGCAUCGGGAACAUCAUUGACUGCACCAAAUUCUCCCCUAGGCACUUCGAGGGAACUGCGUGAGACGGCUGAUAUACGAAAAGUCUUGAAUGCGUACGGCAUUGAUCCACACAAGGAUGAAUGGGACGCAUACAUGCGCACCUGCUGCGACGAGAUCCACAUCCUGUAUCCUUUCCUUCAUAUACCGAGCCUGUGGGCUAAGUAUGCGAAUAUGUGGAGGUCAGGCUUUUCCUCUUCCGAACACGAGUUCCAGAGGAGCGGAGAUUACCGGAUUAUGAUCGCCCAAGUAUGGGUCUGCAUUGCACUUGGAAGGUGUACUGAAUCACCCCGAGUGAGUAGCGAGCAAGGCAAGCACUCUUCUGGGUGGAGUCUCUUCGAGGCCGCAACGGACCUUAUUGGAGAUCUUGUAGGCUGUUUUCGAGCGUGCUCUAGGCCUAUUGUUGUCUUGCAAACAUACGCGUUAAUGGUGGUGUACCUUUUUCGACUAGACGCGAAUGAAAGAGCCGAGAAGUUCUUAGCUCUUGCUAUCUCCCAUGCACACCAUGUAGGGUUUCACCGGUCUAAAGUCGUCGGACGUAUGUCAGUGUUCGAAGAUGAGCUGGUUCGUCGGCUAUGGUGGUCUCUCUAUGCUCUUGAUCGUCGACUAGCAAUCGAGACGGGGCAUCCGUUUCUAAUCCAAGAUGUCAAUGUCGAUACUCCUUAUCCUCGAAAUCUAGAUGAUGAUUGGCUCACCCGACACAAAGAGGACUCUAGAACAACCGCUGAAUUAAAGACCGACAUAGACGCAGGACUUUCCAGGAACCCAACCACUCCGAUCCCUUAUCUCUAUGCAACCAUCCACUACUCACGGGUAGUAGGUAAGAUAUGGGAGGCGAUAUACGGGGCAAAUAUGACGGACGUUAUUCCCAGCUCAAACGUGCUAGAGUAUCUAGACCAGCUCAUUUCCCGAGUCCAAAAGGAGAUCAGGGUAGAGUUCUCAGAUAACCACCCAUCCGAGCCACCAAAUCUCGAAUGGAGUAACCCUCUUCGGUGGAAAACAAAGCAACAAAUGUUAAUGCGAAUUCGAUGGCGAUCUCUCCGACUCCUUAUCCGAAAGCCGAUACUGCAGCAAAGAGCUUCCCCACAGGAACCAAUAGCCGACAUACUCGAAACAGAGGUCACCUGUAUUCGAAUAGCCUCCAAUAUCAUCCAAGAAUUCAAACAAGUGCCCCAAUAUACCCCAUCAGCUUUCCCCUUCCUCCACCCACUAGUCGGCGCUACAGUGGUCGCCCUAGGGCUAAUCAUCCGUGAGCCCUCUUUCAAGGCAACGUACGGCAGUCUGACACUUCACGCCGCCGUAUCUCUUGAGAAUUACUGUCGCAGGACGUGGGUAUCCGGCAAAAUGAUCCGAACGAUCAGAAGGCUAAACCAAAUGACUUCAUCUGUUUUGUCGGAUUCGAGUACCCGAAUUGCUUCCAACACGGAACCUAGGCCAAUGGCAUGGCCAUCCUUACCAACAAACCCCCUUACAGAUCACCCGAGUCAGACAUCCACAGCUAUAGCAAGCAACUAUACCCCCGUCUCAUCACUGGCAAACCAGAACACAGAAUCUCUCAGUACAAGUCCGAUUGGUCUUUCGCAACCAAUCAAUCCAUCAAUACACCGCCAACAGGUACCCGAUAGAUGGACCGUUAUACCGACCAACCUUGUGAUGGUGGACUUUGACUUCGAGCAAAGCCUUACGACUGAUCUGAUCCCGGCUGACCAUACCUAUGGGUGGACGGUGGGAACGCAAGCUAAUGAAAUCCAGCAGGAUGGAGCGGCAUAUAUGCAAAUGGGAUGGCUCGAGUCUUUGUUUGGUACAGACUUAGGGUAAAAUGCUAUUUUUCCAUCUGAAAGUUAGGUGGUGAUUCGCAUGAACAUGUACAAAUACAUCAAUUGGGGUAACCUUGCUCGAAGCUGUUGAUCGUUUUGUCAGACUUGUUGCUCGAUAAGAAUAUACACUGACAACUUGGACAACCG